AUCCACCCAUCGACUGGCCACACUAAACAAGUGUAAACAAAAGUUGUGUUGUGUUUUUUUAUUGGCCCAAAAAGGCCCCAAUUCGGAAUUGGUCAUGUCCAAGCUGAGCGACACCAAGAUCCCGAUCACGGAGUUCCUGGAGGCAUACCGUCGCCAGCCGUGUCUCUACAACUCGCUGCUGGACUCGUACAAGAAUCGGGUGUCCCGUGAGGAGGCCUACGGGGCGAUAAUCCGUUCCCUAAAGAUACCCCAACUGACGGUGGUGGACAUAAAGCUUAAGAUCAAGAGUGUGCGUACCGUCUACUCCAAGGAGCUGCGCAUCUGGAUGCGCGAGAAGGAGCUGGGAAGAAGCUACGAGCCCAAGUUAUUUUGGUUUAAGUUGGCCGACUCCUUCCUGCGCUCCGUUUCCCUUUCCCACUGCAAAAGGGGAAAAAACAAGCAUGCUAGUGCUCCACCAACGCCAGUUAAAGCGGAGGAGACGACCCUGCCCCAGAGCAAACUUCUUUUCACUGCCGCCGCAGAUAUCAGUAUGAGUGAGGAUGCGCUAGAGGAAGAGGAUGCAGAGGUGGAUGCCGAGCCAGAGGAGUGUCCUUUGGACCGAAGCAAGCCUACAGCAAGCAGCUGCAUAAUUUCAAUGGCUGCGGAAAAUACUCGCGCCAGCAAAGCCGAGCUAAUCUUGGAUGAUUCCUCACUCUGCCUGGUGGAGCAACCACAGCAGGAGCAACAUCCUCAGGGGUGCAGCAGCUCCCAACAGCUCCCACCCACGCCGACACAACGAAAACCUAAGUACAAUACGAGUCUGGACUCGGCCGGAGAGGAUGAGCUAAUGAUUUUCGGCCAGAGCAUCGCCUCCCAGCUGCGAACCAUUCCGGAUUCAUAUUCUCGAUCGGUGGCGAAACUCCGCAUCCAGCAGGUGCUGUUCGAGGCUGAAACUGGGCAGUUUCAGAGCUCCGAUGUCAAUAGCACGCAGCUCCAACAUACCUUCUAAUCCAUAAGUCUAGAUUAGGGCCAACAAGUUCCAUUGUUUACAUAUGUGUUCAUGUAGUCCCUGUGCUCAGUUCUCGCAAAUCAUCCCACAGGAAAAUAUCACCCUGGUCUAUUUUUAGGGAAUGUUUAAGCCUUUUGUCGUUCAGUAGUCAAGUUAAUUUUUAAGAAUGACGAUUAAGUUUAAGAAUGUAAAUAACACUACAAAAAUAAAUACUUUGUAAGUAGUAAAACCGAGGAGGGCUACAUUUUUGUAUGAGAAA